AUGGAAUUUUUCUAUGAAGAUGCUCUUGCUGAGGCGACCAAAUUGGAUGCUAUCCUCAAGGAAACCGGAAAGCCUGUCGGACCAUUGCACGGACUCCCAAUGUCUGUCAAGGAGCAUUUCAACUUCAAAGACCAUGUCACACAUGCUGGUUAUGUGGGCUGGUUGGACAGAGUGUCUCCAGAAUUCGCGGAUACUACCAAACAGUUGAUCGACUGUGGAGCUGUCAUUUUUUGUCGCACCACCGAGCCUCAAAGUCUGAUGCAUUUGGAUUCCUACAACAAUAUUGUUGGACGUUGCAGAAACCCUAAUAACACUUUUCUCAGUCCAGGCGGUUCUUCUAGUGGAGAAGGUGCAAUGGUAGCCAUGGGUGGUUCGGCUUUGGGUAUGGGCAGUGACGGUGGUGGAUCCAUUCGAGCUCCUAGUGCCUUUUGCGGAAUCUAUGGACUGAAGGCUACGGCCCAAAGAAUUUCCAUCAAGGGAUUCACGGUGUCAGUUGCUGGAAUCGAAGGGUUCAUCGGGGUCAUUGGGCCUAUGACCAGGUUCGUUGAAGAUUUGGAUCUGUUCAUGACUGCCAUUCUCAAUUUUGCUAAUCCAUGGAAAUAUGAUCCCUUCUUGACGGUAGUCCCAUGGAGACCAGUUGAAGACCCCAAACCAACCUCGCUGAAGAUUGGUGUUGUUUUUGACGACGGCAUAGUUCGUCCUCAUGCUAACAUCAAGAGAGCUCUCGAGACCGUUGUGGGAAAGUUGAAGGAACAAGGAGUGGAGAUUGUUUCCUUCAAACCACCCAGACACGAGGAGGCCAUGAGAGCUAUCAUGAAAGUUUACAGUGGUGAUGGAAACGAAUGUCAGAAAGAUGCUCUUGCGAUUUCGGGCGAACCUAUCAACCCAUUGACCACUUGGACUUUGAGCUUCGGUGAUGGUGAUGAAGGUAUGCCCGUCCGUGACCUCUACAGAACCUCUGUAACCAAGGGAGAGGUUCGCCAGGAAUACCUGGAUAUGAUGAACAAUGAGUCAAUUGACUUCAUUUUAUCUCCAACCUAUGUGGGAUGUGCACCUGUUCCAGAUACUCUUCAUUACUGGGGAUACACCUGUAUCUACAACUUGCUGGAUAUGCCCAAUGUGGUUUUCCCAACCGGUCUGUACUCCGACUCUACCCUGGACAAGCCUGAAAAUUUCAAGCCCAGAAACGAAUACGAGGAGUAUGAGCACAAGUUGUUUGAAGAUCCAGCUAUUUUCGAUGGCGCUCCCCUGAACCUCCAACUCACCGGAAAGCGUUUCUCCGACGAAAAACUCGUGAAGGCAGUCAAGGUUAUCUCUGAGAUCAUCAAGACAUAA